AUGAGAGAAAUUCAUGAACUACAUUCGAUAAACGAAUCUACAACAGGCAGCUCUUCCUUCGAUCGCGACUUCGACAAACGCAGGCGCGAAGAUCAAAAACACGAACUGCAAUCUUCCGACGUGUCCAGUAAUCAACACGGUAGUAUCAACGCAACUAGCGGUAUCAACAACGAUGCUUUGUUCGAAGAGUACCCCCUUCUCUCUUGUUUACAGCUUGUUGCUCACCACAAGGUAUUCCUCUUCUCAGUAAGCCGAGGCCGGAAGUGGAACACACGAGAGCGUCUAGGUCACGGCAUCACUUUUGAUGUGGAGCAAGCUGAUCUGCCUGUUCGAGAAGCAGUCUCAGAUUUACAGUAUUAUGAUAUCAGCAAAGGUGUACGUCACGGCUUCAUCACUGAUCACACAGGUAUUCGAUGGGGCUACGACACUGUUGUUGCGUACAAGAGUCUGUAUGCGCAAGGGCGAAUGAACAGAAAAAACCUUUUCUUAGGUCUGCUCAAGGAACUGAGGAUUUUGUGCCAUCCACCACUCCAAAAACAUCCUUACAUUGCUCGCUUCAUCGGGCUCGCCUGGAUUAGAGAAGAAGACAUUACAUCAGAAGCGAUCGAUGAAGAUGCGGAUACGAAAGAACCGCGCGAGUGGCCUAUUCUUAUCACUGAGAGGGCCGAAUUGGGCACAAUCGGCAAUUUUUUACGCUAUAGAGCAUCUUGUUUGAAACCCAUCUCCCUUCUUGCAAAGGUACGCCUUCUCAGUAAUGUACUAGAGGCUAUAUCGGUAAGCGUCCUAUAA